CGGGCUUCUCGCUCAGCUUACACAAAAAAGCCAGUUAUUGCAGAAACAGCAAUGGCUUCAUACUUUAUUUGUUUCGCAGUGUCUGUCUUGUACAUGAAACGUUAAUCAGAGUUUCCCACUUUGCACGUACCAUGCUACCCAUUUUACUAAUGUUUUGAUGAUUUGUCCUAUCUCACUACUGUAUGUUUUGACUAAUGAGAGCCUCUAUUAGUAACAUUUCUAUAAAAGUACAUCUUUGUGGGCCUUGGUGGAUAUUUUUCUGAUUUUUUUUUUUAUGUGUCAAACAAAUGAGAAAAGGAGGGUGUUGAGAUCCGCCGGUGGAGGCUCGCCCUCUUACUGGGUUCGAUUUGUGCAGAAAUCAUCCACUGGCUUUUUUUUUCGCCUUUUUUUUCUUCUUUUGUUGCCUGGUUUUUCUGCACGAUUGUCCACCAUGUUGACCAAGAUCUUUCAAACGAUGGAAUCCGACGUAAACGAAGCGCCUAUUACUAUGCGCGCUUUACUUCCCAAGGUUCGAUCGGGAGCUCUCAUUGGUAUUGGUGGCAAUGUUCACCAAUUGCUGGAAAGCAAGUAUAAUGUGCGAUUGUAUCUCAACAAGGAGUACGACGAUCAGGGCCGUCUUGUUAGCGUGGUUGGACAACCUGUCAAUGUAGCCAAAGUGUGGCGAGAAGCCUUGUCGCUAAUCUAUGAUUCUCGUCACGAUCUGAACUAUGGUGAAAAAAUCGGCAUUAAUUUCUUGAUACCGUUAUUGCUGGCCAAUAAAUUACAGGAACCUGAUCCAGCCAUUGAACGAGACUUGACAGACGUGACGCAUCCGGGACGAUGUCUUCUGGCUCACAUUACCCAAACGAGUCGAGCUACCACCCUCCUCAAACACCGCGUGUUGGCCAAUACGACGGAAAAGUUAUUGCAAAUCUCGGUGGAAAAUAUGGAUGAGCGCAGCAUGCAAGCAUUCGAGAAAGCAUUGACGAUGGUUGCCGAAUGUUUUCAAAAGUUUCGAAGAGAAGCCUUGUCACCACGCAAUAUCUAUUACGUUCCUUUCUGCGAGAUGAAUCCGCCCGUCGUGGAAAGCGAGAACGACGAAGUCGAUUUGUCCUUUAAUAUCUUUGAAGGCAUCGACAAGGAAGCCGACGAUGUUUAUUACAGUGGAUCGGCCAAACCUUCCCAUCCUUCACAAGAAAUUCAGUUUCAUCCCGACGAAAUGAACGGUGAAGAGCAAUGGCACAAUGACUUUAUCGCCAAUGCCGCCAAGAUGCCCGCCACCUCAUUUUCAGAACCCCAGCCCAAACCUCGCAACCGCACCCGCUCGAAUCAUGGCAACAAUAACUCCCGUCACCGCUUACUCUAAUCCUUUGCCUUCUCAUCGCUGUCAUACCUCCUACAUUAGUCAUCUUUACGCAUUAACUCUCUUCGCAUACCAUUAAUAUUACCGCCUUAUUUCAUGCUUAUCAUUAUCGCUAUCAAAUAUUUCUCUGAGCUGUGUAUUUUCAUCAUGGUUAGUCACCCUUUAGCACCCUUAUGCAUCAAUGCAUACUAGUAUAUUCUCUCGAAAUAAUAACAUCAUUCACUGUAUUCCUGUAAGGUGCCGCAUCACUAUGACUAGUAAAUAAACACUUUAACCAUUG